AUGUUCAAGUUCUCAGCGUCGUUGGGCUAUUUCUGGAUCUCGGUCCUUUGCUCGUGCGUUCUCCUCUACUCGCUGGCUCAUCAUAUGCGCCAGCGUCACUUCCGACCUCUGCCACCUGGUCCGAAGCGUCUACCGCUCUUGGGCAACCUCCAUCAACUUCCCUCAGGCUCGCAGGAACAUACCUUCAAGUCAUGGGCAAAGAAAUACGGUGAGAUCCCUAUCAGCGAUCUCAUAUAUGCCGAGUUUAUUGGACAUCGUACCCUUAUUGUCAACUCGCCUAAAGUUGCACGGGACCUCCUGGACAAGCGGGGAGGAAUCUACUCGAGCCGCCCGCGGCUCGUGACGAUGGUCGAGCUGUUAGGCUGGUAUCCUAACACAGUCCUCCUGCCGUACCACUCUGAGGCUCGCCGCAGGCAGCGGCGGUGGAUCCAGGCGGCUUUCGGGGAGAAGGGCGCUGUUAGGAAAUACGAGGGCUUGCAGCGACGUGAGACGUGCAUCUUUCUGUUGAGUUUGAUGGAAACGCCCAAGGACUUCACCAUGCAUAUCAUACGGUUCGCCGCGGCGCUCAUCCUCGAAUCUGUCUUUGGGCACCGGAUCACGUCUCUGGAGGAUGAGUAUAUAACUCUGAUGGACCGAGCCAUGGAUGCCACCAACGCGACAGGUCCUGCAGGAAGCGGGAUAGCGGACAUGUUCCCACUUCUCAAGUACGUCCCCGCCUGGAUGCCUGGUGCAGACUUCAAGCGCAAGGCGCUUUAUGCGAGGAAGCUCGUGUGGGACGCGAAUCAUAUUCCAUACGAUAUGGUCCGCAAAGCCGUCGAGUCAGGCAAUGCACGAGCUUCUUACGUAUCAGAGCUGAUCGAAGGAGCAGCGAAAGCCGGGCACCUUGCUGAGGAAGAGGACAACAUUCGGUACAGUGCUGGCGCCUUGUACUCUGCUGGAACGGACACGACGAAGACGGUGCUCCGCACGUUCUUCCUGGCGAUGACCCUCCACCCUAAGGUGUACGUCAAGGCGCAAGAGGAGAUUGACCGUGUCGUCGGAAGCAAUCGGUUACCGACUCUGGAGGACAGACCAAACUUACCGUACAUCGAUUGCAUCCUGAAAGAGACGUACCGCUGGAAUACGCCAGUUCCCCUGGGCUUGCCGCACUACCUGACGGAAGACGAUCAAUAUGAAGGUUAUCAUAUACCUCGGAACACCACAGUAGUGGCAAACCUCUGGUCAAUGACACAUGACGAGAGGGCCUAUGACAACCCCGAUACCUUCAGUCCGGAACGCUUUCUCGAGACGCAUGCAAAUGAAGACCUCAAGGAUCCACGAAACAUCGUCUUUGGAUAUGGCCGACGCCUUUGUCCCGGACGCCUAUUCGGUGACACGUCCCUCUUCCUGGCGAUGGCCAGUGUUGCGGCGACGCUGAAUAUCGGCAAGGCGCAAGACGCGACAGGUAACGCCAUCACGCCGGAGGCAAAAUUUCUUUCUUCGUUCAUUAGCUACCCUGCAGAUUACGAAUGUAGUAUCACACCUCGUUCCACUGCGACCAUAAGUGUUGUCGCGGAGACACUGGCAAGCCUAGAGUCGUCGUGAUUCAAGCCACCACGACCGUAUGUACACCUCUUGUUUAUUGCUGCUCUGUAUAGUAUUAUGUCAAGCGCG